AUGAAUUCUGAAGUAUUCAAAUCUUGGUUCACCCAAAUGCUGAACAGCCUUGAAGAACCGUCCGUGAUAGUUAUGGAUAAUGCAUCUUAUCAUUCAACCCUCAACGAUAACUUUCCCAAAAGUAAUACGCGAAAAGCAGAUGUGCAGGCUUGGUUGACCAAAAAAAAUGUCGAUUUUUCACCAUUAGAAAAUUUAGCUGAACUUAGACAGAAAGUUAAAGCGUUAAUACCAUUUGAAAAAAAAUAUGAAUUGGAUGUAUUGGCAUUGGAAAUGGGCCACGAAGUUAUUCGACUUCCACCGUACCAUUGCCAAUACAAUCCAAUUGAGCUGAUAUGGGCCCAGGUAAAAAAUCAAGUGGCGACAAAAAAUAAAACAUGCAAAAUGGUCGAUAUAGAAAAGUUGACUCACGAAGCAUUGGAUUCGGUAACUCAACAUGAUUGGGAGAAGUGCGUGAGACAUGCAGAGGCAUUGCAAGAUGAAGACAACGAAAAAGAAAUUAUGAGAGACAGUAUGUUGGAGCCAAUCAUAUUGACUUUGUUACCUGAUGACAGCGAUUGGGGGGAGUCCAGUGACGAAGAAGGAAAUUCGGAAUAA